CGACUCUCAAGAGUCACAGUGGAGAGCCCUAUCGAGCUCGGAAAAUGGCGACCACCCUUCUCCCGGAGACAGCUCAGAAAGUCCUAACCCAAGAAGCCAUCCGCUCCGCCGCCAAACAAUCCCAACGAUGCCUCACCGUCCCCGUCAAACUCCGCCGCGCCAUCAAGAAGUACCUCCGAGAGCAAGAAGAGCCUCACAUGAAGAGGAAGGUGCUGAGGCUAUCGGAAUCGUUCAGCCAAAUCAAGGACGUGAACUCCCAGCUUAUUGCUUCCACUUCCAAGCAGCUGGUGGAGGACCCUUUGCAGGGUGUGGACCAAUCACAGAGGUGGAAGAUCAAGAGCUCUUAUGGAGACAUUGGCCUUACUUAUCGAGACGACGAGACCAUUGCUUAUGUUGCUUCCAGAAUGCCAGCUGUCUUCUCUGCUUGUCACCGAGUACUCAAGGAGGUUCGUAGAAGGCUGCCUGAAUUUUCUCCUGCUAAAGUGUUGGAUUUUGGUGCUGGCACGGGUUCAGCUUUCUGGGCACUACGAGAAGUGUGGCCGAAUUCCUUGGAGAAAGUUAACUUAGUAGAGCCAUCACAAUCGAUGCAGCGUGCUGGCCAGAGCCUUAUACAAGGUCAGAAGAAUUUGCCACUCAUUCACAGUUAUGGUACCCUCCAAUCGUUGACUAAAAGCAUCAACAAAUCAGAGAGAGAACAUGACCUUGUAAUUGCUUCCUAUGUGCUUGGAGAGAUACCAUCGCUGAAGGAUCGAAUUACUGUAGUACGCCAACUUUGGGAUCUCACACGGGAUGUCCUGAUUUUGAUAGAACCAGGAACACCACAAGGAUCAAAUAUCAUAUCUCAGAUGCGAUCACAUAUAUUAUGGAUGGAGAAAAGGAAAAUCCGUAAAUCCAAGGCUCCGAUUGAUGAAACGUCAAAGGACUUGGUAGUGGCUCGGAAAAAUGGUGCCUAUAUAGUUGCUCCUUGCUCUCACGAUGGGGCAUGUCCUUUGGAGAAAGCUGGUAAAUAUUGUCAUUUUGUUCAACGUUUGGAGAGAACUUCUACUCAACGUGCAUACAAGCGCUCCAAGGGUGGUCAGCCAUUACGUGGAUUUGAAGAUGAGAAAUUUAGCUUCAUUGCUGUCAGGCGAGGACAAAGACCAAGGGAACCUUGGCCUCUUGAUGGUGUGAAAUUUGAGACUCUGAAGGAGCAACAUGCUAAAAGAACCCUACAAGAUCUUGAAAUUGACUAUGAGGAACCAGAGGAGCCAUCCAGCUCACAACAAGCUAGCCUCAUUCCAUUUGAAAAACCAGAUGCGACCUAUGAUUCUGAUGUCAUGGAAGUUGAUGAUCACGAGGAUAAUGAAGAAGAAGAGGAGGAUGAUGACACAGGUCAUGCCGAUCUUGGGGGUGGUUGGGGUAGGAUAAUCUACAUGCCUGUUCGUAGAGGCAAGCACGUUACUAUGGAUGUAUGUCGAUCAACCAACGAGGAUGCUUCAGAAGGUACACUUCAACGAAUUGUUGUCACAAAGAAUAAGAACCCUACAUUACAUAAUCAGGCUCGAAAGUCUCUCUGGGGAGACUUGUGGCCCUUUCAAAGAUAAAUGUGUAAAAUCUUUGGCGCCGUAGUCCAUAUGACCACUAUGUAUAAGAGGCUUAUGCUCAGUUUGUAUUCACUAUUCAGUCUUUAAUGGCCAUUCCUGCAAUCUUGUUCG